AUGCUAGCAGUCGCCGAGAGAUGUAUCGCUGAUGGUCCGGGACGCAUGUACCGAGGCAUUGAGGUUGAACCCCGCUUCCCCGUCACAGCCGUGCCCUUCACCACCAACGCGCUUUCCUGUUUGAGUUCGAGCCAGCACAGUCAUCCCGGCCCUGUGAACAGGACCAGAAGCGGGGUCAGCCGCGCACUGCUUUCAGAUACGUCGGGACGCACGCACCAAGGUAGUGAGGAAUGCCCCCGCCCCCCGUACACAGUCGAGUCAUCGCAACGUUCCAGCCCGGGUGUUAGCACGAGCCAUCAGAGUCGUCCCGACCCUGUGUACGGACACGGCAGCGGGGGCUUCCGACCUCCACCCACAGGCGAGUACAAUCAAAUUAACGACAGUAGUCCUACCCUGAAUCAUCAAAGUUUGCAGCAACCCAAAGGCAUGCUGAGCUUUUUUACCGUCUACUAUCAAAAUGCUGGUGGUAUGCGUACAAAGACGAAGCAGUUUUUCCUCGCCCUGGCCGGAAACAACUUGUUUCGCCAGGACCGGAACGAACUGACGUGCGAUCGCAGUAGGGGAGGCGGCGUGCUCAUUGCAGUAAAGAAGGCGCAUGAUUUUACGUGCACAUGUGUUCUUUCUGCGGGAUACGAGCAUCUCGAGCAGGUUGCGGUUCGGAUUAAAGCCCGGAAUCAUACCGUCUACGUGUGCUGUAUUUAUAUACGCCCAAACAGCCCUCCAGACGUCUACACCUCACAUGGGACCGCCGUUCAGGAGCUUGUUGAUCUGUCAUCUAAUGAUGACUCGAUUAUUGUAACCGGCGAUUACAACUUACCGCAUCUUGCAUGGACCUUUGACGUGGACGUAAACUGUUUCAUUCCGUUGAACGCAUCUACGGAACAAGAGCUGGCGCUGACCGAAAAUGUUGUUGCAACGGGACUCCUCCAAAUCUGCUCGCUGGCUAAUGUCAACGGAAGAAUCCUCGACCUUGCGCGUGGCAACGAGGAUGCUGAGCCGGAUUUCAGUCGCUGCGACUUUGACCGUGUCACCGAAUCCCUCAGCAGCAUUGACUGGGACGACAUUCUGCAAGAUCAGGACUCCAAUACUUCGACUACGAUCUUCUACGACGUCCUUUACGAAAUCGUGCGACAGUUCGUUCCCUCAAAGCGUGUCUCACGCAACCGGACUGAGAAGCUUCCAUGGUGGAAUGCUGAUCUGCGAAAUCGUCGGAACAUUCUGAGGAAAGCACGUAAAAGAUUGUUCAAAGCCGGCACACCAGAAAAUCAAACCGCUGUCGACCGUCUGGAAAUCGAAUACGAAUUGCUGCAAGACUCACUCUUUCGCGAUUACUUGAAUCGGGUGCAAGUGGACCUGAAAGACAACCCAUCGUCAUUCUGGAAAUACGUGAGGAGCAGGAAACGUACCUGUGUCCUUCCGACAAGGAUUUCGCUCAAUAGUUCCACCGCUGAGAAUCCGGAGGACGCUGCAAACGUCUUUGCCGACUUCUUCAGUAGCGUGUACGAGGCGGAUGCACCUUCUGCUUCGACCGAUUAUUUGAACGACCUUCCAACUUAUGAUAUCUAUUUUCCUCAACCAGAAUUCUCACAAGCAGACGUAAAAUCCACCCUGGACGCUGUCGAUCCAUCGAAAGGUGCCGGUCCUGAUCGGCUCCCACCUUCCUUCAUCAAACGGCUAUCUGAGCAUUUAGCUAAACCAGUCAGCGUCAUUUUCAACCGAUCUCUGUCUGAAGGAACUUUUCCCGACGAAUGGAAACUUGCAGCGAUCACACCCAUUCACAAAACCGGUAGUACUACGGCUGCUGAAAACUACAGGCCAAUCUCCAUCCUGUCUUGCCUGCCCAAUGUUUUCGAGGUGCUUAUCCACGAGGGAAUGUACGCUGCCGCCCAGAUAGUAAUUUCCGAGUUCCAGCACGGUUUUGUCAAAAAACGGUCCACGGUAUCCAACCUGAUGGCGUACGUCAGCGCACUGAAUAAAAACCUCGAAAAGUUCAAGCAAAUUGACGCGAUCUACUUCGACUUCGCCAAAGCGUUCGACAAGGUACCCCACACGCUUAUUAUCGCUAAACAAAAACCUAACCUUGAGGGCGUCACGGGACAAACCAAAGUCAAAGAUAGACGAGACACGAUUAAAAACUCGGAGGAUACCGGAGAAGGCGCCAUAAAUACAGUAGUUAGUACGAUGGAAGGGAAGCUGAAUCAUGUUAGUGUCGCGUAG